AUGGGAAGUGAUCAGAAAUUGGUGAAUCUCUUGUUAUCUAAGUUGUCUGUAACUUUUAAAAUUUGUGAUUUGGGAGCUCCAAGUUUCUUUCUUGACAUUGAGACUAUACGAGAAUAUGGUGGAAUGUUGCUUUCACAACGUCGUUAUAUGACUGAUAUACUGAGGCAUACAGGCAUGGCAGAUUGUAAACCACUCGCCACUUCUAUUCUUGUUUCACGUGUAGUACCUGUGUCUGAGUCCACUGAGCUAUAUGACGAUCCAACGCAGUACCGCAGUCUAGCUGGGGCGUUGCAGUAUUUGACUAUUACGCGUCCUGAUUUGUCAUUUGCCAUGAACCAGCUCUGCACUAUUGAUUUUGGUUUGCAUAUACGUAAGUUUGUGACAAAUGAUCUUCAUGCUUUCUCGAACUCUGACUGGGCUAGGUGUCCUGAAGAUCGUAAGUCCACAAGUGGUUUUGCUGUGUUUCUUGGUUCAAAUCUUGUAUCUUGGACCUUAGCUCGCAGGAACAGUGAAACAAAGAGCAGUAUGAAGAAGAUAAAGAAAAGUGAGAAGAACAAUUUUAUUGCCUUGCAAUCUCUAACUUCAGUACAGGAAUACAAUAAUAUAUAG